GUCUGAUCUUUAUUGCUGCAGAGUGCAAAUGGCUUGGGUUUGAGAGCUGUGUUUGAAAAAUAUAAUUGCAAAGUUACAAUGAAAUUUCCUGAUGAAACUGUCUCCAAAUGGAAUGACCCUAAAACAGGAGAGGCUGAAGGCUUGUCCCAUGAAUUCAAUCUUUGUGAAGCUGUGGCGACCUGGGAACAGGUUAGAAAUAGUACAACAGUCUUGACAAAGGAGUAUAUUGAUGCUCUGCCUAAUGGCUGGGAGGAUUAUGCAUGGAAAAGGAUCAACAAGGGAAUCCAGCUAAAUAAUUGCCUAAACAAGGCCCUUUGCAUGGAGAAACUCUCUCUGGUUCUUCCUCUUACACCUCCUUAUUAUCCGAAGCAGUUUCACCAUUGUGCUGUGGUAGGGAAUUCUGCAGAUCUUCUGAAAACCAAGUUUGGCCAAGAGAUAGACUCUUUUGAUGCUGUUUUCCGACAGAAUGGUGCACCUAUUCAGAACUAUUCUGAAUAUGUAGGCUCAAAGAGUACAUUCCGUCUUCUGAAUAGAGGGUCUGCAAAAGCUCUAGAUAAAGUUGCUGAGCUGUAUGAUGCUGGAAAGGAGGCCUUGAUAGUUAAAACAACUAUUCAUGACAUAAUGAGCAAAAUGAUCCGGGAAAUUCCUAUUCUCAAUCCUGUAUAUCUCAUGUUAGGUACAUCCUUUGGUUCAUCUGCUAAAGGAACGGGACUUAAAGCGCUGGAGUUUGCACUUUCUAUAUGUGACACAGUGGAUAUCUAUGGCUUCACUGUUGAUCCGGGUUAUGAAGAAUGGACUAGGUAUUUUUCUGAAUCCCGUGGAGGUCAUACUCCUUUACAUGGUCGAGCGUACUACCAGAUGAUGGAGUGCUUGGGUCUGAUCAAAAUUCAUUCUCCCAUGCGUUCUGACCCAAAUCGUGUUGUGAAGUGGCUUCCCAGCUCUAGCAUUAUUGCUGCUGCAAGGAUUGCAUCUGAGAAGAUAUUGGCGAGAGUUGGAGCUGGCUCGACCGAUCCACUAAGUCAAUGUUCCAUAAUAAAGAAGCAGCAAAUCGAUCGGAGGCCUAAAGCAACCCUCCGGAAGGCAGCUCUUGAGCACCAAAAAUAUGUCAAAGGCGCAACACUGUAUCCUGUUGAGCAUAAUCCUGGCCAUGGCUUACUUUGCACAGUACCUCAGUAAUUAGUUCUGCUGCUGGCCAUGUUCUGAACAGACAAGACAGUAAUUCUGUCAAAAAAAAGAAAAAAAAAAAACUGACAAGAAAGUGAAGUUUCGGAGAGAUGGAGUAACUUGUGGAUUUAUCGCGCAAUUGAGUGUGUUUGGACCACUAUUUAUAUAUCCUGGUGGGUACAAGGGGCAGAGCAUUUUUGUCAUGUAAUUGCUUUUAAUACAUAUACAUAGAACUAGUGCGUGGCCCGGGGAGUGGCUUAGGUUUUACUUUGAAUAAUUGUUGGAUACAUGGAACUAGUGUGUGGCUCGGACAAUGACUUAGGUUUUUACAUUGAACAAUUGUUGGAUAGAAAAGUUCAUAUUUUUGUUAUUUUUUAAUUUGUUUUAAUCUAGCUAUUUAUUUAGUUGUAUUAGCUUUUCAUCUAACCUAUGAAUCUAUAUAUUUAGCUUAGCUUAUGAAUUGUAUGAUUUUGAAUAA